GUCGGGGGUUUUUUUUUUUAUACGGGUUGACCCGCUAACAGGCGGAAUUUAUCACCUUUCCCAUUAGCAAAAAAACUGGAUCCGUCCCCCCGCUGGAAGGCUCUGUACACACACUGCUGCGUAUCAGGUGGAGCCAUGACGCUGGGUUAGCGUGUUUAUAUUGAUCAAUGCUCCUUUCUCUUCCUAGACGACGCUGGGCGGGAACGAUUCGUCUGGCGAUCACUCUGCUCGGUCUGCCAUUUACCAUCUGCACCCCUGCAGCCAGACGUGCCGUUCUCUGCUCAUCCCAUCAUAUCACCAGAACCAGUAAACCUGUCUGUGGGAGUUAUUGUAACCUUUACACCACCAGUAUCUGGACAAUGCCUUGCUCAGCAGCUCCUCAUGUAAAGCCCAGAUGUCCACAGUAUCCUGGGUCCACCAUCAAGCGCUUUCCUGUUCCUGAUGACAAGGUGGAGUGGAGCCAGAGCUGGCCCCAGUAUCAGCCAGUCUGCUACACUGCUCCAGCUGUUUUAAAGGCGCCUUCCUGGGCUGACCCUGAGAUUGGAUCCUUCUCUCCAAAGUUCAAUGCUGUGGAUGGUGCUGUGGACAGGACAAGCUUUGAAGGAAGCUACAAAGUGGAAAAUGGAAAACCACUAAAUCCUUGUGGACGGACUGGUUUGACUGGAAGAGGUCUGCUUGGACUGUGGGGGCCCAAUCAUGCUGCUGAUCCUAUCGUCACAAGAUGGAAGGUGGAUGCCAGUGGAGCUAAGGUUCUUCACACAGCCUCCAAAAAGCCAAUCCUACAGUUUGUGUCCAUCAAGAGGAAAGACUGUGGAGAGUGGGCCAUUCCAGGGGGAAUGGUAGACCCAGGGGAGCAGGUUUCCCUCACGUUGCAGCGGGAGUUCUCGGAGGAAGCCCUGAACUCGCUUUCCUUCAAAGAGUCUGAGAGAAAAGCAAUCCAUCAACGUAUCAAAAAACUUUUUGAGGCACCCGGGUUUCAGGUCUACAAAGGCUAUGUUGACGACCCAAGAAACACUGACAAUGCCUGGAUGGAGACAGUUGCCGUCAACUUUCACGAUGAAGCAGGAAACAGUGUGAGCGAGCUGCCCCUGCAAGCUGGAGAUGACGCAGGACAGGUCCAGUGGGUGGACGUGGACUCGUCCUUCGCUCUCUAUGCGAGCCACUCCCACUUCCUGGAGCUGGUUGCCAGAGAGAGGAAGGCCCACUGGUAAUCAAAGGACAAAAGGCUGUUCUGAUCGAACAAUGAGGCAAAGCAGAGCCUGAACAGCACUUGUCCAUUCAUCCAGAGUGACCCCUAAUGGGAAUAUUUAAUAUAUUCAUAAAAUCUAUCUAACCAGACAGCAUGAUGAGGAAAAAAUGCAAAAAAGGAAUAGAAAUGCAAUCCAACUUUAAUCUUUAAAUAAGAUGUAUUAUGUUCAUGUGCAUCUAUGACAAACUGCCUUGCAAAGGAUUUAAAAUGUCACAUUAAGGAGUAUCUUAAUUUUUAUUGCAUCUGAAAAAAUAUGUAUGCAUUGUGCCUUAAAAACAUUUAUUAACUGCUUGAGCUUUUUCAUUUCACUGUGAAGUGGAAGGGAAAGAAUGCUUUGUUCAAAGAAUUCCUACAAAUAAAAACCUGAAUAUUG